GCUUCUAGUCCACAUAUGCAGCCUUACAAAUUAAAUGGAUUCCCGACAUGACUGAAGCAUGCCAAAUACGACCAAAUCAUUUGAUAUGACCAGAAAUAGGUGCGGUAGGUGAUGGUUGCUUUGCAGGGUCGGAAACUAUCAUGAUACCUAUCAACUAUCGAUCACUAAUUCAAGACACGGCCUGUGCACGAGAUUUAGUCUGCAGCCCCUUAAGGCUUAAGGCUGACGGCGCUUUUUGUACGAGAGAUGCUGAGCCUAACCCGACCUUUCUCCUCGGACAAUUAUUACUACUACUACUCCUUCUUACAUUCUUUUCCUUGCUUGCGUGGGUUGCCUUAUCCUUUUUUCUCUUCAACCUGUUGUACCUGCCUCUUACAGUAUGGGGUGUCAAUAUACCGGAACGAACCAUCCAAACCAGCCCAUUACUGACCUACUUAGUACUUACAGUAGUAUAGUAACUUAUCAAAGAAGACAUGGUUAUCUGAUGUCCCACCCCUGCUGCACUAAGAAUCCAUGGAGUUAAAUUAGUAUAGUAGUAGUGUAGGUAGCUAGGCGGAUAGGACACAAGCGAC